GUUUUUAGGGGUGGGGCUGACCCCGGAGGCUAUAAAAACACUGAUGAGAGAAGAAACAAGGUUCUUUCUCUUUCGGGAGGCUGCCUGCAGCACAGCUGAGAAGCCAGGAGAGCUCGGGGCCCACCCCCAGGCCAGCUAGACCAGCACCAGGAGAGGCUGCCUCUCUCCGGCCAGACCGUGCUCUGCAUCCCAGGUUAGACCCCGGGGCCGGGCUGGGGGGCAGGAGGCAGGCAGCGUCCUCGACUGCUGUCCCUGGAGACUCAGUACUGACCGCCAGCCCCGGGGGCAGGGGCGGGACCCCCCAGGAUUUGAACGUGGCUCGUGGCCGCUGAGAUGUGUCAUCCGGGGCAACACACAACGAUUCAAAGCCUUUAUGCCCAAGGAGGUUGCUGAGUGUGUCACUGACCCCGGUUACGGGAUCCGACCGCAGUGCCACCCUGUACUAGGCUGGAUGCCCGGGGGUCUUGACCACCUCUGUGUCUUGCGCCGGGUCCUAUGCGUUGGCCGAAUGGAUGAACGGUUCGGAGUGGCUCUCCCCGGAUGAGAGGCUUCCCCCAAUCACAGUGCCCCCGACUCCUGCAGGCUCACAUUUGCCCCCAGAUGCAGGCAGGCGAGGUGCCGGGGUGCAGAGCCCCAAGGCCCCUUACCUCGCCCCGAUCCUGCUGAGCCCGACCACAUCCCCGGCCUCUGGGGGCUUGACUCUGCCCAGGCACGCCUCUUCCUUUCGCGAUCUGGGGGCAGCAGGAUACGUCGAUGACCCUCAUGCAAUGUGGGUGUUUAAAGGACGUGAGCUUCUCCGAGCGAGGAGAGAUGCCUGUGGGUGGGCUCAGUGUCGCGAGGCUGGAGCCGUGUGUACCUGUGGGGCUCGGCUCACCUGAGCAGACGCCAGGAACAGACACCCACCCCUGCCUCGAUGCCCACAGGGGCCCGUCUUCAUCAAUCAAAGAGGGGCCCGAGGCCGUGCUCAUCCGAUAUUCUUCUUCUCCCCGUGGAUCCGCGCCUGGACCUUUUGUGAGCACGGCAUUUACUGCUCUGGAUCGUGAGGCCUGGCUGGGAGGCACCUCCCCUGAAGCUUUGUGCCCGACGCCUGGCCCUCCUCACCCUCAUCCCUGUACCACAGAUGGAUGGUUUGGCAUCUGUCCCGGGACGCCUCCCUGUGACGGGCAGUUCCGGAUCUGACCCGUUGCCUUGUCCUGGAAAGGGGUCUCUCGGGCUUCCCUCCACCCAGUUUGGCAAGAAGGACCCUGGGUGUCGGCUUCUGGUGUCAAAUCUGUGUGAAAGUUGGCACUUUUGGGGGACCAGGUCAGUCCUGGGGAAUCUUGUGGGAGCCCCAGACCUGGAUGGGGGAGCAGCUGGCGCCCGCCCUCCUGUGGGAGCUGCCUUGGCCAUGGCUUUCGUCUGGCUGGCGGUCUUCCUGGUGCCCGUCUCCGGCCUGCUGCCACCGGACCACGACCCUUACCCUAUAGACAUUUCCGAUCCAGACCCACCAAUUAAGAACCUAAGGAUGGAGCCAGAAAGAAAAAGAUUGACCUGGGACCUCCAUGGAAACGUUUCCGAAAUUAUGUGUUUCAUCAAUUCAAAAGCUUUCACUAAGGCACGGAAAAGGACGUAUUGCAGUUUUCUUGACUUGUCAUGCCAAGCUACAAACUACAGCAUCAAGGUGACCAAAGGUCAGCCAUUCUCCACGUGGAUUCAGUAUCCUAGUCAAGAAGGGAAUCCCAGGGCGGCUGCAGAAAACCUGACCUGCUGGGUUCACGACGUGGAUUUCCUGACGUGCAGCUGGGCGGUGGGCCGGGAGGCCCCGAGGGACGUGCAGUACAAUCUCUACCUGGAGAACCUGGACUCCUAUGAGAAGUGGCCGUGCUCCCAGUACAGAGCAGAUGAGCAAGGGACAAACGUCCAGUGCCGUUUUCACAACAUCUCUCUGUUAUCCAAGGAUCAGACGCGUUUCCUGGUGAAUGGCACCAGCAGUGGUUCCAAAAUCCCCUGCUCUGAAACGAGUGAUAGACUAGCCAAAAUCGAGGUAUUAGCUGCUCCCAACAUCACUAGCAGGUGGUGUAACCAAAGCUACUCGUUCAUGCAGUGGCAAGUGAGGAGUCACCUUAAUGAUGACUUCAAGUAUGAACUGCAGAUACAGAAGGGUACGGAGCUCCCCUACAAACAGGAGAUCUAUAAAGCCUUCUUGGAGCUGAACAAUCCUGGGACCUACACGGUGCAAGUAAGGGCCAGGGAUGCCACCUUCUCCCAUUACAAACCUUGGGGCCCGUGGAGUGUCCCCCAACACUUCGUGUGUGAGGAGGGCGCGCGCCUCCCCGUCUGGCUGACGUCUUUGCUGAUCGCGCUGGGGACGCUGCUGGCCAUGGGGCUCGUGCUCCGGUUUUGCAGGUUCUCGGUGAUGCAGAAGCUGUUCCCUCCCAUCCCUCACAUGAAAGACCAUAUCAAUGGCAAACUUCAGAACGGAAGGACGAUGACCUGGGACCCCGACCAAGACAGCCAGGAGGAGUGUCCAGUGGCCGAGGUGCAGGUUCUGGGGGAAACAUGAAGCUGGUGCAGAGGCCCGGUUUUCCGCCAGGCAGAGGGCGCACAGCCUGGUCAUGGCAGGUCGUGGAUGUUUCAAGCGGGGUCAGGGAUGGGAAAGCCCGGUGCAGUUGACACGGGGUCACCUCGAGGAAGAAAGAACAAAACAUGGGUUGGGCUCAUGUCUCAUGUCGCGGCUUUUUUCCUCAUCCGUGACCCCUGGAAGUGGGGAUCACCCCCCAGCGCCGCUGAGCCCCACGUUCCAGCCUCCUGGACUUGGCCGGUGCUCACAUGCCCACAUGCCUACUGGGUUUGCUCCUUCCCAAGUCCGUUAAGGGGCCCUGCCUGCCUGGUUUCUCUGUCUUGAACUGUUUUCUUGCUGCAUUUCCCCUUUGUAAGCCCCUUAAAUCACUUGCGUGACAACGCGGGGCCGGGGGGGUGGUGUCUACAUCCCUCCCCUGGCUACGUGUGCGACCCCAGGGAAGGCACACGGGAGACAGGCGUCAAGGCGGCAGGAAAGGGGGUGUCAGGGCAGCGUGGCCUGUGGGCCUCGGGGGCCCGCAGGCGCAGAGGUGUGGCCCUGCGUCCAGACAUGGUCGUGGUGGGCAGUGAAGACACCCACCUGUACGCCCACAGAAAAGGACGCCUACGUGCACAGCCUGGCCCACGGGAACCCGAGUCUCCAAGAGGCAAGGCUUCCCUGGAGGACCUCUAAUUUCGUUCCCUUAGUUUACACGCUUAACAUGUCAAGUUCUGUAGCAAAGAAUUCACCCCCAACGGCAGAUGCAGACUUGCUAGCUUUGCGGAAGGCACCCCUGCUGCAUCUGCAGGAUGGCGCACAGUCUAUGGGCCUAAAUGCACACGGGUGGAACCGUGUCCCAGGUGUGACCCCGGCAGUCAGCACAGGUCUGGGUAGACAGACAGACGAUGUCCCAGUUCUAAGUGACUCCACCCCAAGGGCUGGGGCACAGGCGGGUCAGAAGCCCAGGUUGCUCCUCGGGACUCCUCUGUGGAGCCGGGGCUGGCGGGACCCACGUGGGUGUGUGGCGGGCAGUGCCGUCCUGUCCCUCACCCAGCUCCAGCAAGGUAACCUUGGGGAAAGCCAGCUCCAGCUUGUCUUCUCUGACUGACCUCACCCUGGGCUGGAGAUGGAAGCUCUGCUUUCCGAUGAACUCAGCCGGCCUCGGGGCGGUCCUUCUGUGGCCUGCAGCUGGCUUCCCCUCUCCAGCCCCUGCAGCGGACCCGUCUGACCUCUCCAAGGUCACUUGGUGCUGGAAGCUCCACGUGGACCCAGGGGACAGUUCUGUUCUUGGGCGGCUCUGUGUGCGACCGUGAGGCCUCAGACUGGUGAUGACCCCGCAGGCACAGUCCCGGACCCUGAGAACACCCAGAGCAAGCCCCAGAAUACACCCCAUUCCCCCAUGUUGACGUACCAGGACCCUGGGGCCAGCCUGGGAGAGACGCUCAAAGUUCUCUCCGUGCUGGAGACAUCAGGCUUCCUGCAGAUACGGCUCCAAGUGGGGGAAGGAUGCUUGCCUGCCUGGGGCUAGGGGUCAGGCACACCUGAGAGGGUGCACGUGCUCACCUUGCAAGGGAUUCCCCCGUGAGCCCAGGGCAGGGGUGGCCCACGGGACACACAGCUGCUACCACCCUGGGGGGCUCCUCUGUGGUUAAACCCCAGUGACAGGUAGGCCUGGAAGGGCGGGUACUGGAGGAAGGGAACUUCAGGUUAGGAAGCCCCAGGGUCCCCGCAUCUGCG